UUUAAAAAGGAAAUCUGUUUUGUUCUAUAAAUAUACUUGAUUGAUAAUACAAACACACACUUAAUUCUUGUUUUAUGUCGACUACAUAUAGAGUGAGCACUACGUCAUCCGUUUGUGUUUUAUUCAAGGAAUUAUUUAUAAAAAGAUAUAGAUUCAUUUUCAAAUUACUAUAUAUAAUCAUAAGGACUAAGUUGGAAGAAGCACGGGCACAAUUAAGGAACAAAGACCGUCAAAUUGAAGAGGCCCAGGAAGCCCACGACGAAGACCUGAAAGCCUACAAGCAAAAAGUGAAACACUUGCAGUAUGAACAUCAAGCUGAUUUGACUGACACGAAGUCAGAAGCCCUUGUGGCACUCCAAAACGCUCAGGAUGAUCACACCCAGCAGGAGCGUGAAAUCCUUAGGGACAAAGCAGAAUUAAAGAGGAUGUUUCGUGAACACGAGGGAAUACACGAUGAACAAAUAAAAAACUUAAAACUGCAACACAGCGAAGAAAUUCACAAAAUCCGGGAAGAAUUUAAUAUCAAAGCCAAGGAAUUGGAAAAUAAAUAUGAAAAGAAGUUUCAAGAACUGCGUGAGGAAUUGCAGAUAAAACACAGAAUGGAACUGACAGAAAUCGAAGAGAGAAAAAAUACUCAGAUUGAGAAUCUUAUCCAGCACCACGAUCAAGCGUUCACCGAGAUGAAGAACUACUAUAACGACAUCACGCUCAAUAAUUUAGCCCUAAUAAGCAGCCUCAAGGAUCAAAUGGAGUUAUUGAGGAAGCAAAAUGAAAGAAUGACAAAACAGGUGUCUGAUUUAAUGGCCGAGAAUAAGAAGAUGGUCGAACCUUUAAGACAGGCACUGGCAGACGUAGCAGAAUAUAAACGAAGGCUUCAAAAUUACGAAAAGGAUAAAAUUGCUUUAGCUAACGCGACUGCUAAACUUCAAACAACAAUGCGAGACCUGAAUGAUUUGCAAUGGUGCAAUGAAGCUCUGGAAUUGAGAUUGGAGAAAGUGGAAGCAGAACGAGACGAACUCCGCAAAAAGUUCACCAAAGCCGUGCUAGAAGUACAACAGAAGACAGGGUUAAAGAACGCCCUCCUACAAAAGAGGGUCGAUGUUUUGAACGACGCUGCAGAUAGGAAAGAUGCUCUUAUUGGGCAAAUGCAAAUUACAAGACCGCACAUGAGACAAGUGAAUCAGAAAUUGGAGGAAAUAUUAACUAAGAAAAAUACAACUAUUCAAGAACUUCAGUACGAACUAGCUAGAGUGUGCAAGGCGCACGAUGAUCUGCUUGCAACAUACGAAGAGAAGCUUCUUCAAUAUGGAAUACCGAAGGAAGAGCUCGGGUUUAAGCCCAUGAGGGUUGUACCAGAGGGUCAAGCAAACGUAGCUUAUGGUCCGGCGGGAUUAGUGACUAAAAAUAGAUAACAUCUAUAAUAAAAAAGAAAACAAAAACCGUGGCUGCAUAAUAUUUACAAUACUAUUAGUAUCAAUAUCAAAUCAAAUUAGAAGACACUUUAAACAGAACAGACUGUUUACAUAAAUUAUUGUCAAUAUUUUUCUUAAGAUUAAAACUGCUAAUUGUCUCUCUGAUUAUAUUACAUUAUCUACAGUCAAUUUUGCCAAAAUUAUCAAUAUUAUUUAAUUUCUUUCUAAUCUAAUGCAGAGCCG